UGGCCGCGAUGUUCUCCUUCGGGCGUCUUGCUGGCCGUAGGCAUCCUGGCUAUCGUGGGCGGCCUCGGGCAGGCGAGGGCCGACGACAGACUGCCCGCCGCCCUCGGGGAGCUGACGGCCGUCCUCAGGGACCUCGGCGGGGAGGUGACGGCGGGGAUCAACAAGCUGCUGAGUGAGCUGCAGCAGGAGAGGCUGCGGCGCGGCGAGGAGGUGCAGGCGCUGCGGGAACAGGCCGCCGACAACAGGAGAGCCCUGGACGUCCUGCGCGCGGAACUGGUGGCGGUGGCGAGCGGCAGGUGCCCGGCAGCCGGUCACGGACCUCUGGGCGAGGGCGGCGGCGCAGACGUGCGAGCCAUGGGUGCAGGCAUGGGCGGGGAUGAGCGGGCGAGGUCGGCCUCUCCUCCGGGCGGCAGAGGAGUCGAGGGCGACGCCAGCGCUGAUGAAACGCCGCCAGAUGGAGACUGCCCGCGCCCCUACAAGCGCUUCGGUAGGUACUGCCUGACGCUCUUGCAGGAGCGCAACAAGUGGGAGUUUGCGAGGUCGCGCUGUCACCUGCACGCCCGCUCCAUGGGCGGCGGGCGCGCCACGGUCAAGGGCGAUCUCGUUGUGCCGCACGACAUGGAGGCUUUUAAGGCGUUUAUCGCAAGCACGGACUUCGGCGGCGCUCCGACCGGGCGCGCGUGGGUGGGCGGCUCGGCGGAAGGCUGGGGAGGCGUGUGGGCGUGGGUGGACGGCUCGCUGAUGAACGAGCUCCCGUGGGUGUACUCGCAGGCGAGCGGCGACGGGUCGCGGAUCGCCGUGGACCACGAGAGCGUCUUCCACACCGUUGGCGACGAUGAGAUCCUGUGGUCCGUGUGCCAGUACUUGCCGGCGUGAGGAGGCCGCCGCCGAUGGACAACCUGCCUGCACAGUUUUACAGUUUUUAUCAUCAUUUUUUCUUUCUUUCGACAUCCUAUCGGUGUGCUUUCUGAGUUUCUGACUUUUCUGCGCAUGUCACACAUUAUUUUUAUUUGCGCUUGUUUCCUCCAUAGGCCUCUUUUCUUGUCUUAAUUUCUCAUUUUCAUCACGUGUUGCCUGAGUGUUUUCUCUUUGUUUUGAAUAAAUUUUCAGAAAAUCA